AUGUCCAACUGGCUUGGAGCGGCUCAUGAACAGGUAGCAAGCGCUUUGGCUGGCGCGCCCAGUUUACAGGAUGUGGCUGCAAAUUUGGGCAUCAGCAACUUCUCACAGUGGGCCACUGCAAAGGCUUUUGACUUGCAUUCAACAGCGCGGGAGCAGGCCAUCGAACUGGUCAAGGCCAAGAUGAAGCUCGAGUUUGGCCCAGAGAUCUUGGAUAUGCUGAAUGCAAUUUCCGAAUGCACCCGAAAGAUCUCAGAGGAGCUGAAGCUUCAAAACGCCAAGUUUGGCAUGACUUUGGCUCUUCCGUUAGUGGCCAUUCAACACAACGCCCUGGAUCCGCCUGCAUGCGAAGGGCCGCUUCUGGACCUCACCACAGUGACGGAUGCCUGCCAUUGGGUUGACUUUGCGCAAGGCGCCUAUGGCACCUCGGACAUUCGAGGCUACGACAAGGCCAGCGUGAUUGCUGCCAUUGAACAAGGCGGCGACAAACAUGGAAUUGAAGUGCGUGUCGCGCAUUUGCCCGCGCAAGGUGUCCAAAUGCCGGGUCACUUUGUUGCCAUCGAUAGGACAAAGCAAGCCGUCGUCUUGGGGAUCCGUGGCACAACCACCUUAUCUGAUGCCUUGACUGACGCAGUCGGUGAAGCAACAAAGGUUCCGGAAUGCCCUGGACUGCAUGCCCACAAGGCGAUGCUUGCCAGUGCGCGAGCCGUUCUCGAGCGCACGCGGCCCGCUCUGAACGAAGCCCUCAGAGAAAAUCCAGGCUACAGCUUGGUCGUCACUGGGCACAGUCUGGGAGCUGGCACAGCCAUCCUUUGCACAGUCCUCCUCAGCGUUGCACAGCUUGAUUCUCGACCCCGCCUGACAUGUUUUGCUUUCGCGCCACCGCCGGUGGUUGGACCUUUGAGCACCCGAAGCUUGAGUGCUUUGGAAAUUCAUUCCUUCAUCAAUCGCGCGGACGUUGUGCCACGAGCGAGCCUUGCCAAUGUCUUCCAUCUUGGUCAAGAAUGUAUGGCAGUAGAUGGUCUGGAGAUGGAUUUCCUUCACCGCUUCAUUUUGAUGCGGAGGGAUCCCCAUCCUGAGAAUGAAAGCGAGAAGCAGGCCUUGCAAAAAAUCACGGACACCAUCAAGGAAUGCCGCAAUCAAAGGAAGCAAAGAGACCACGAGUCCUUUCCACCACUCUUUGUCCCUGGGCAGGUGUAUUGGAUUGAGUGGUUGGGUCAUGCUGGCAGCGUGCAGGACUCACCACAAGACACCUUGGAUAGAUCACCCAGGAUACACCUUGCCACUGCCACGGAGUUCCAGCGCCCUGGUCAUGUUUUUCCUGAGAAGGGCUUUCGUUGUACGUGGGAAUUGGACUUGUCUAGGUCUCUGCUCCUUCGUGGUGGGACGAAUGCCUUGAAAGAUCAUCUGUGCGGAAACUACAAGGAGGGCCUGGAGAAGUACAAAGUGCAUCUUCAGGCAAACAGUGGUUGCGUGUGCGUCGUUAGCUGA